GCACACAGCACGCGCCGUGCGCGGCCCCGGCGGCGGCGGCGGGGUUUGGUGGGCUGCGGUCCGCGCGCCGCCGCGGCCGCCCGCUUCGGAGGCGGGAGGGACCGACGGAGAAGGCGCGGGCCCGACGGAAGCCAUGUUUGUGGCGCGCAGCAUCGCGGCGGACCAUAAGGACCUCAUCCAUGAUGUCUCCUUCGACUUCCACGGGCGGCGGAUGGCGACCUGCUCCAGCGACCAGAGCGUCAAGGUCUGGGAUAAAAGUGAAAGUGGAGAAUGGCAUUGUACUGCUAGCUGGAAGACGCAUAGUGGAUCUGUGUGGCGUGUGACAUGGGCUCAUCCCGAGUUUGGACAGGUUUUGGCUUCCUGUUCGUUUGACAGAACAGCUGCUGUAUGGGAAGAAAUAGUAGGAGAAUCAAACGAUAAACUUCGAGGACAGAGUCAUUGGGUUAAGAGAACAACUCUGGUGGAUAGCAGAACAUCAGUGACUGAUGUGAAAUUUGCUCCCAAGCAUAUGGGUCUGAUGUUAGCCACCUGUUCAGCUGAUGGGAUAGUGCGAAUCUAUGAGGCACCCGAUGUCAUGAAUCUCAGCCAGUGGUCUCUGCAGCAUGAGAUCUCGUGUAAGCUAAGCUGUAGUUGUAUUUCCUGGAACCCUUCAAGCUCGCGUGCUCAUUCCCCUAUGAUAGCUGUAGGAAGUGAUGAUAGUAGUCCAAAUGCGAUGGCCAAGGUUCAGAUAUUUGAAUAUAAUGAAAACACCAGGAAAUAUGCAAAAGCUGAGACCCUCAUGACAGUUACAGACCCUGUUCAUGAUAUUGCGUUUGCUCCAAACUUGGGCAGGUCUUUCCAUAUUCUAGCCAUAGCGACCAAAGAUGUGAGGAUUUUCACACUGAAGCCUGUGAGGAAAGAGCUUACUUCCUCUGGUGGGCCAACAAAAUUUGAAAUCCACAUAGUGGCACAGUUUGAUAAUCAUAAUUCUCAGGUGUGGCGAGUUAGUUGGAAUAUAACAGGAACAGUACUAGCAUCUUCAGGAGACGAUGGUUGUGUGAGAUUGUGGAAAGCUAAUUACAUGGACAAUUGGAAGUGUACUGGUAUUUUGAAAGGUAAUGGGAGCCCUGUCAAUGGGAGUUCUCAGCAGGGAAACUCAAAUCCUUCCCUAGGUUCAAAUACCCCAAAUCUUCAAAAUUCAUUAAAUGGAUCUUCUGCUGGCAGGUAUUUCUUUCCCCCUCUGGAUUCCCCACGGGCUGGAUCGAGAUGGUCCAGUUAUGCCCAGGUCCUUCCUCCUCCUCCUCCUCCUCCUCCUCCUCUGGUAGAGCACUCUUGCGAUGCUGACACUGCCAACCUCCAGUAUCCUCACCCUCGCAGACGAUCUCUCUCUCGGCCUCUUAAUCCCUUACCUGAGAAUGAAGGGGUUUAAAACACUGAUUAACACUUAAAGGCCUUAAGUGCUUGUAAAUGCUUUCAUUCCUGGCUGCUUUUUGUUUUUCUUUAUUUUCUUUCAGAAGAUUUUUCUAAUUUAGGUUCUGUCUUGCAUGUAUUACAACAGAACACAGUGUUUGGAACCUAAUUUGUGCUUCUGCAUCAAAGGCACAUUUGCUCCAUUGGUUAAUCACCUUUGAUGAAAUGAGACAUGUACAAGUAACAUUAAUUGUGAGAAUUACACACAGUAGCUGAUUUCAAAGUGCCUGUUUUGUACAUUUUAUUUUGAAUUGUUAUCAUGGUGUUUUCUUAUGGUUUGUCAUAUUGGUUAAUGUGAAAGCAUAUCAUCAUGAAGUUUACUUUGCCUUUGAGACAUUAAAAUAUAUUUUUUAAUUUUACAGGCUAAUGUUGCAAUUGACUAGUUGUAAAAUAAAUCAUUCCUGUGUAUAAAGCAGCAAAACAUAAUAUGGACUGUUUGGUGUGACUUUUUUUUUUUUUAAUGAAAUUGCCUUUCAUGACUUGGAAUUACUGUUUAAAGUUUUUGUAAUUAUUCUCCAAGUAGGUUAUUUAAUAAAAAUGUUUUUUAAAACA